UACUCUGCUACAUGUCUGUGCUAAUAAAAAAAAAUCCCAAUACGUGUAAAUUAAUUGGUUUACGUGAAAGUUAUAGUGUUUACAAAUGGCGGUGUAUAUACUGGGAUGUUUUUAUAAUUUUUUUUUACUGGUAAUGGCAGUGAUCAGCAACUUAUGGUGGGACUGCAGCGGGCAUUCUGACACUGGGGGGAACUGACUUGGUGUCACUGACAUCCCCAGUGACACCAAAACAGUGAUCAGUGCUAAUAAAAAGCACUGACACUGUACUAAUUGGCACUGGGCAGGAAGGGGUUAACAUCUGGGGC